AUGGACAUGAGAAAGAGCUCGGAGGCUGGAAUGAGUGGCGGUGAGUUGCCGGCGAUUGACUACGACGUCUUCUUAAGUUUUAGAAAGCUGGACACUCGCCAAGGGUUCGCGGAUUGCUUUUACCACGUUAUGCGAGAGGCGAACAUUCGUGUUUUCUUUGACGAGGAAGAGUUCCACGUCGGUAAAGAAAUAGCUAAUGAGCUACCGACAGCCAUUGAAAAGUCGAAGAUCUAUGUACCCAUCUUCUCUAAAGGUUAUGCUUCGAGUCCACGGUGCCUUCGCGAGCUCACACACAUGGUGGAGUGCACGAAAUCCAAACCAUUCGAGAAGGAAAUUAUGCCUAUUUUCUACGAUGUGGAACCUCGCAAUGUUAAGCUCAAGUCUCAACCAUACGUCGGCACUUUGGAGAAUCAUGAGGAGAAGUUUGGCCGCCAAAUGAUGCUAAAGUGGGAGGAUGCCCUCAAAAGUGUAGCCCAAAUCAAAGGAUGGGAGUUGAAAAAGCAAGGGCACUGGAAAUUCAUUCAUUUGAUGACACGAAAGAUUCUGAUGAAGCUGAAGGUUGAUCAAUUGGAGCUCGGGCAGCUGAGUGACCUCAAUUGGAACUCCCCGAGGAUCAAAUUCUCCAGCUAUUGUAGUGCAAGACAACUAAUUGGUGGUGGUGAUGACAACACCGAGGGACAUGACAGCAAGGCAAACGACAGGAAAGGAGAUGGAGUUGGGAGAGAGAAGGAUGACAACGUUGCCCUUCUGGAUGCACAUGGUAGAGAGGCGGGAGGUCAGAGAGUCGAUGGAGUGCCGGAGCUUGGGAAGGGGACGUGGAGGCCGGAUGAGGCGUCAAUGAAAGUGGUGGAGCCGUGGAGAAAACAGGAGGAGAUGAAGGUGGUGACAUUGAGGGAAGGGUUGGUGGGAGGGAUAUGGGCUCGUACUUUUUGGUAG